CUUGAGCAAAACUGUUGCAAAUAGGAACAUUGGUAAUUUUAUUUGUUGGUAUCACUCGACUGUCAACAAAAACAAAGAUGUCGACAAAGAAUUCGAGUACAGUUGAUGCGCGCUCAGAACUCGCCGAAUUGGUUAAAAGGAAAGCUGAAAUAGCUGAAACAUUGGCUAAUUUAGAACGACAAAUCUAUGCUUUUGAAGGUUCCUAUUUAGAAGAUACCCAGUUAUAUGGGAAUAUAAUACGAGGAUGGGACCGUUAUUUGUCGAGCAACAAAACUACAAAUUCUAAAGCCGAUAAAAGGAACAGAAAAUUUAAAGAAGCCGAGAGAUUGUUUUCGCACUCAUCUAUUACCUCAAUGGCUGCUGUAAGUGGAAUAGCAGACGUAAAUCCCGACAAAAAUGAAAGACACAGUGAUACCGAAUCACAAACAAAUGAAGAUUCAAGUGACACAAAUUUGGCACCAUCUAAUCACAUUGAUUCUGGCAUAAAGAUGACCGGAAAACAUUCGACGAAUUCAGGGGGUACUUUUACAUCGAAUGGAACUCAAAACGGUAUCGAUAGAUCGAGUCCACAUCGUGAUAUGUCCGCAAAACAAAAAAAUUACAAUAAUAGUGCUAAAAAAAGUAAUAACAAAAAAGCCAGGCAUAGAUAAUUUAGGGUCAAUUUUUUUAUUAUAAUGUAUGUACAAUUUUAUUCGUUUAUAUCUAUUAAUAUU